CACAACUUUCCACCAAAGCAGGGAACCUUUCAUCUGCAAAGCAGAACAGUAUUAUAUUGACCUUGUUAAUUAUUAUCAAGCUGUUUGAUAUAAUAUUUACAUUCUCUACAGGGAAACUAAGGUUCUGCCAAUCCUGACAUCAGAAUCACAGAAACUAUCUUUUAAUUCCCCCCACGCUGUUGAAUAGCUUUUCUGGUAAACCCAAUUGAGCAACUAUGCCACAACCUUUAUCCUCGAAAGAGUCCUCACUCUUUAGGACUGUAGUUCGAAAUUAUGAAGACAAACAGUAUAAGAAAGGUUAGUGCUAUAUAUUUAACUUCCUCGCAGCCCUCGACUUACAAUCUACAGGUCUAAAAGCUGCCGACCAGAUUCUGAAAAAGAACCCCAAACAUGGAGAUACUUUAGCUAUGAAAGCUUUAAUUUUAAACUCUCAAGGAAAAUCCGAUGAAGCUUUUGCGCUUGCCAAAGUGGCCCUUCAAUGCGACUUCAAAUCGCACGUCUGCUGGCAUGUUUACGGGUUGCUCUAUCGCGCCGCUAAAAACUUCGAGGAAGCUAUUAAAGCAUAUAAAUUUGCUCUGAAAUUAGAACCAGAAUCGCAGCAGAUUCAAAGAGAUUUAGCACUUCUACAAGUACAAAUGCGCGAUUAUUCAGGUUACCUUGCAAGUCGCAGGGCUAUGCUAACUGCUAGAUCUGGUAUGCGACAAAAUUGGACCGCGUUAGCUGUGGCACUUCAUCUCAAUGGGGAAUUGGCACAGGCGGAGCAGACCUUGACUACUUAUGAGGAAACUUUGAAGAACCCACCUUCCAAAAUCGAUUUCGAGCACUCGGAGGCUAUCAUGUACAAGAAUUCGUUGAUCGCGGAACAGGGUGAUAUUAAGAGAGCUUUGGAACAUCUUGAAUCGGAUGGAAAAUACAAUCUUGACAGACUGGCUGUGAUGGAGUUGAGAGCAAAAUACUUGUUCGAGCUUGGGCAAAAAGAAGAAGCCGUGAAGGCAUAUCGCGCGCUGAUCGACCGCAACCAGGAGUACAAGACCUACUAUGAUUCGUUGAUCCAGGCUAUGGAAAUCGAUCCAACCAAUUUGAAUGCUCGAAAAGCUGUUUAUGAUGAAUAUGCGGCGAAAUACCCACGUUGCGACGCUGCGCGCCGAUUACCAUUGGACUUCUUAGAAGGUGAGGAGUUUAGGGAUGUCGCAGACAAGUACAUUCAUCGUAUGUUGGAUAAGGGAGUACCAUCUACAUUUGCAAACCUGAAGCAUUUGUAUGCGAAUGACUCGAAAAAGGAAAUCUUACCAUCUAUCGUCCAGCAAUAUAUCGAGAGUGGAAAGAGUGAAGAAAGUUCAGAACCAAAAAGGGAAGGUGAUACAUCUAAGGGAAAUUCAUCGGCUUACUACUUCCUCGCACAACACUACAACUACUAUUUGAGCCGCGACCUCGACAAAGCCAUGGAGUACAUUGAAAAGGCCAUUGAAUUAGAACCCAAGAGUGUAGACUUCCAUAUGACAAAGGCACGCAUAUUUAAGCAUCAAGGGAAUACUCAAAGGGCUUCUGAAAUUAUGGAAGAAGCUCGUAGUCUUGACACUAGGGAUCGUCACAUCAAUACAAAGGCUGCCAAAUAUCAACUCAGAAAUGAUGAAAACGAAAAGGCUGAGAAGACUAUGGGCAUGUUUACAAAAGCCGAUACCGUUGGUGGACCUUUAGCAGAUCUUCAUGAUAUGCAAUGCGUUUGGUUUUUGACAGAAGAUGGAGAGUCUUAUGCUCGUCAAAACAAAAUUGGUUUGGCUCUGAAACGAUUCACAGCAGUGUAUAACAUUUUUGAUGUUUGGUAUGAAGAUCAAUUUGAUUUCCAUUCAUUCUUUUUACGUAAGGGUCAAAUCAGAGCCUACAUAGAUAUGAUGAAGUGGGAAGAUAAAAUCAGAGAACACCCCUUUUAUAGCCGAACAGCUCUUUCGGCAAUCAAAGUCUAUUUAUCUAUGUACGACAAACCCGCAUCAAAUGGAGUUAAUGGAUCCACGGAUGAUACCCAAGAAGAUGCUGUGGAACGUAAAAAGGCAGCAAAGAAGGCUAGAAAGGAAGCAGAACGACUUGAAAAAGAAGCAUUGGCUAAGAAAAAUGAACCAAAUAAACCAAUCAAGGAUCAAGAUGGCGAAUUUAAGAAGCAGGAUGAUGAUCCUAAUGGAGAGAAAUUGGCUGCUACUACGGAACCAUUGAAUGAUGCUAUGAAGUUUUUGUCUCCGUUGUUACAAUACAGCCCGAAGAAUAUUGAAGCGCAAAUUCUUGGGUUUGAGGUACUUAUUCGUAGAAGUAAGUUUUUUCUCUCUUGAAUUAUGAAUUUGAUGAUGAAUGUUGGUAUGAUACUAAUAUAUAAAUAGAAAAGUAUCUCCUCGCGCUCAAAUGUCUCAUGGCAUCCUCAUCUCUCGAUAAAGAGAAUGAAAGUGUAAAGGAUCAAAAGACCCGUUUUCAAAAGGUUAUAGACACAGAACUUGAGGGGACGGAUGCUAAGGUUGUGGAGAUUAUUAAGGAGGAAUUUGCUAAGUUGUAGUGGGGGAUUUGUCUGCGGUUGAUGGGAGGGGAGCAAAGGGGAAAAGAGAUGAUAUGUGGAGGGCUGCAUUAAGAUAAGUGUAGAAUAUAAAGGUUUCUCUAUAUAUAUCAGUGCUCUAAAAUGUUUGUAAAGACAUAGCAUAGCAUUCAUGGAUUAAGGUAUAGCAUAGUAUUGUAUAGCAUGGUAUGCCAUAUAUGGUAUAUUACGGCUUGGCUUGACUUGGUAUGAUUUGUACGAUAUGAGAUGAGAUGAUACGACAUACUCUAAAUCACCUUUCGUAUUCCU